AUGGCGGAUUCAACCCCUUACACCAAACCCCAUUUCCCAGUUUCACGGAUCCAACCAAAACCCACCAACCAAGGUAAGUCCUGCUCAGGUUUCAUCCUCAAAGCUCUCUUAUUGACACUGUUUAUCAUUGUUCUCCCACUUUUUCCCUCUCAAGCCCCUGACUUUGUGAGCCAAACCAUACUCAACAAGUUCUGGGAGCUUCUCCACCUUCUUUUCAUUGGCAUUGCUGUGUCCUAUGGCUUGUUUAGUAGAAGAAAUUCAGAACUUGACACACACCUAGAAAUAGAAACUACUCCCUCUAGUGCUCAUGAUAAUGCCACCACACCUAGUUAUGUGUCCAAAGUGUUUCCUGUUUCCACUAUUUUUGAUGAUGGGUGUGAAAAUGAAAAUGAUAAUGAAAAUCCAUGUGAGGUUGAUGAGAAGAGGAUGAAGAUGAUGAUGCAUUGUUGGAAUCCUCAGUACUUUGAUGGGGGGGCAGGGGUUGUAUGCUCCAAUGGGGGUAGUACUGUUGGUGUUUUUGAUGAACAGUACACAUCCCGUUUGCCAAUUUCUGAAGAUAGUUUUUGUUAUUCUUCUGUUGGAUGUGAUGGGAAUGGAACCAAUGUGGUUCAAGCUUGGAAUUCUGAUUACUAUCAUAGUGAGCCAGUGGUGGUUGUGGCUCAACCAAACUACAAUAUGGGUGAAUGUGGUGAGGUUGUUGAUUACAAACCUCUAGGUUUACCGAUUCGCAGUUUGAGAUCGGUUGCCAGAGAUGUGGAUAGUCCUAAACAUGCCAAUGAAAGUGACUCCAGUUCAGGUUCAAGUGGGUUUUCCAGGGCCUCGAGUAAUAGCGGAGAUAAGGAAUUUGGGGAUUUGGGACCUUCCAAUUUGGAGACACAAUUUAAUGAUGCUGCUGGUGGUGGUGGAUCAGCUUCACCAAUUCCAUGGCGUUCAAGGAAUAGAAGGACGGAUAGAGAGAAGAUACACGGCAACGUUACCCGUCCUCCACAUUUUAGGCCUCUUUCGGUUGAUGAAACUAAAUUUGAAGCCCUCGGUUCUAGAUCUUUACAGUCAACAUCUUUCUCUUCCCAUACCAAUAUGUAUUCUAGCAUGGCUUCGAAUUCAUCGGAUAAUAUGAACUUUCAAGAGGAAGAAAUGAGGCCAUUGGAAGCUUCCUAUGUAUCUGCCCCAGAAAAAAUGAAUUUUCACCAGGAAGAUGUAGGGCAAAUGAAAACUUCGUUUGUGUCUGUUUCAGAAAUUAUGAAUUUCCUAGAUGAAGAUAUGGGAACAAAGAAGGGUUCCUAUGAUUCUACUUCUGACAAUACGAGUUUUCAGGAGAUAGAUUUGGGAAAGAAGAUUUUCCAGGGGUCUUCAUCAAGAAAUAGAAGGAAGGGAAUUAAAGCAAAAUAUGGUGCUGCGUCUUUUCCUUCACAUUUCAGGCCAAUGUCUGUUGAUGAAACUCAAUUUGACUCACUUGGUUCAAAAUCAAUGCAGUCUGUGGGACCCUUCUCUUCCCACACAAGAAUCUAUUCUUCAUUGGAUUCAAUGUCAUCAGACAUGAACAUCCAAGAGGAAGAUAUGGGGCAGAAGACUUCCCAUAUUCAUACUUCACAAAAUAUGAAUUUUGAGGAGGAAGACAUGGAAAAGGAGACUUCCUUUUUGCGUGCUUCAGAAAAUGUGAAUUUACACGAGGAAGAUAUUGAACAAAAGCAGACUUCCUACGUGCCUGCUGCAGAAAAUAUGAAUUUCCAAGAGGUGGAUUUGGGAAAGAAGAGUUUCCAGGUGUCUUCUAGAAAUGGCAUGGUGGAAUCUAAAGGAAAAUAUACUUCUGAAUCCCGUCCUUCACAUUUAAGGGCAAUGUUAGUUGAUGAAACUCAAUUUGAAUUGCUCCCCUCACGGUCUUUCCAGUCUAUGGGAUCCUUCUCAUCACAGUCAAGUUUAUGUUCCUCCCUGGAUUCUGUUUCAUCAGAGAAUAUGAACUUGGUGAAGGAAGAUUUUGGGGAGAAGAAGAGCUCACAUGGAUCUUCUUCUAGUUCACCAUCACCUUCGUCUAGAAUGAAGGGUUCCUCACUCCCACUCCCGGAUGACAUAACGAGCAGUUUGAAUGAUGACUUGAAGGGUUUAAGUGAGAUUGGAGGUGAGGUUCCCCCUAGCAAUAAAGAGUUGCGGAUGCAUGUUUUGCAAUCUGAUUCAGAAAAGCCUGCAAGCUUAGCAAAGGCUCCAUCAAGGGGAAAAUCAGUUAGAACAAGAAGAACCAGCGGACUGACUUCAAGUAGCAUGAGAAUAGGAGAAACCUCUAGCAAGCAAACUGAUGAAAAGGUUGAAAAGAAUGUUAACAAUGUCGAGUCAGUAUUGAAAAAAGAAAAAUUGAAAAGUGGAGAACCAGAUCUUCCUUUGAAAGGAGUCAGUAAGAAAACUCUGGAUUUUUAUUGUCCUAAGCCUGAUGUUAAAUUUUCCAAUCAUCUCAGGAGAGAUAAGAUAGAACGAACCAAGAAUUUGUCUAAGCCAGACUCAGAUAUCGAGCUGGAGAAUACCCGGCCGAGCUCAGAUGAAACUGGGGUACCUGAAUGUGUCAAUGAUUCAGAUCUGGAUUCUGAGGUGGAUAAGAAAGCUAGUGAAUUUAUAGCCAAGUUCAAAGCCCAAAUCAGGCUUCAGAAAAUGGGAUCUAUUGAUAGAGCAAAAGAGCAAAAGACCAUUGGAAACCAGAUUACCAGAUUAGGUGAUUUGUAA